AUGAAUACCAUCAAGACAAUUUGCGGACUCUGCGUUGUUGCUACUGCAGCAGCUAAGUUGCCUGAAAACUCGGGUUGUGGCGACAUCAAUGUUCUCUACACAGGUUUUCUAGCAUAUCACCCCUACGUGAUUGAGCAAGGAUGGGAUUCAGUUGCGGUCGAUGCUGGCCUCCGCAAAGACGCCCAGAAGUUGAUCGAUGCUGUGUACAACACCAAAAGGAGUGUGAUAGUCCGAUUCGUUCUCAUGGGACCCGACGAGGAUACCAGCCAACUUGAGGCUCGUUUCCAAGAUGUUGAGUUCCACAUAACAACUUCUUGUUUUGAAAGACAGUCCGAUACACCUAUUGUGUACAACUAUGACCCGAGCACGCUUUUAUGGUCCGUCGCACGCCGAUUUCCCAUCAAGGAGGACUGCAUCAAUAAGCCUGGAAAGGACCCUGGCUACGAAGAGAUCUGUGAUCAGAGGUGCGAGAUGAGCAAGAUCGUAUGGCACUUGCGACAACUUGCGUUAGACAAGGAUAUCACCAUCUCUAACGAAGCCCCUGGAGGAAUCUAG